AAAAGUCAACUUGUGAACUUCUAUAUACUUCUGUAUUCUUGGCAGGAGUAUGGGAUUCUAACGUUUAUCUGCCGGAAAGCUCCAUGACUUCUUUGAAUAAUGGCAUUUGCUGUAAAAAGUUUACGGAGUUUAAGUAAAAUAUACAAUGGAAGUUGUCGUGUAUCUUUCUCGAUAUUCCGACAACCAGUCGCAAGAAUAUCUGUCGUUCAGACUAACCAAAAAUAUUGCUACAACACCAAAGCCUCAGAUCAUCCCAAAAUAGCAGGAAGUUUUGCAAAGUCAUUAGGAAUAACAGCAGAAUCAUUAGCAAAAGAAAUGUUAGAUAAAAAAAAAAUAGAACAAGAACAGCAAGACGAGGAAGAACAGAAAAAUAGUCGCGAACGUGCAAAAAGGAUCAUGAAAUAUACUUUUCUUUUCUUUGGUGUAUCAGGAGGCUUGACUUUGGGAUAUAUAAUCUAUAAUCUUGGGAAACUACAGUAUGAUGAAAAUGGAAAUAUAAUAGAAGAUGAAUAUUCUCAUUUACCAUAUUAUGAAAAGAUUUAUAAAAGAUUUAGGAGAGAAGCAACCUAUUAUAGAAAGUUUAUACAGGAACCCAGUAGGCCAAAAUUGCUUCCUGAUCCACUGAAAUAUCCUUAUAUUCAACCUCCGUACACAUUGGUGCUAGAAGUUAAAGAUCUUCUUCUAUGUCCAGAUUGGACUUACGAAACAGGAUGGAGAUUUAAAAAGAGACCAUAUGUAGAUGAAUUCUUAGAAGCUGUUGCACCUCCACAAUUUGAAAUUGUGGUCUAUACAGCGGAACAAGGAAUGAAUAUGUUUCCUAUUUUGGAUGCCUUAGAUCCUAAUGGCUACAUAAUGUAUAGAUUGUUCAGAGAUGCAACACAUUUUACGGAUGGUCAUCAUGUUAAAGAUCUAACUUCGCUUAAUCGUGAUCUUAGUAAAGUUAUUGUAGUUGAUUGGGAUGAGGAAAGUAUUAAAUACUAUCCUGAAAACACGUUAAAACUUAAAAGAUGGACAGGCGAUGACAAUGAUAAAUCUUUAUAUCAUUUGGCAGCAUUCCUUAAAACUAUAUCAUUGACUAACGUGGAAGACGUUAGAGAAGUCCUCAAUUAUUACAGGCAAUUUGAUGAUCCAUUAACGGCAUUUAGAGAAAAUCAACGUAAAUUACUGGAACAAUUGGAAGAAGAAAAUAAAACGCAAAAGGAAAAUGGCAAACACCUUACCUCAAGAUGGAGUCCUUCCUUUCUACGAAAUCGUUAGUCAAUUUAAAUUACUUUAUAAUGUAAGGUACUUACAUAAAAACUAAAUAUGAGAGAUUAUGUUCAUCGUAUCAUUUCGUUCAAAAUUGUUCUUACCAAUAGUAAAUGUACAAUUUUUAUUAAAAAAUGAAUAAACUAUCAGUAAACCAUUU